AUGGCUCUGCUACUCACUCAAAAAGAAAAGAAUGCACUGCGCUACUGCCCCUCGCAUGGGUAGAAGCAGCUGCUGUGUGUCGAAACAAGUGCCUCAAACGCCGGAGUACUCGCUAGAGGAGAGACCUUUUCCUGGAGCCACUGGAGUAGUAGGUCCAGCUACAGGAAAGUCGCUGAAUAAGAGGAGGACCCUUCCCACCUUCCUCACAUCAAUUUUCACUCGACGACGACUUACCCCAUCCACAUCGAAUAAAACCCAUCCAACUCCGCCACCGCUGGUCAAAUCACAACAUCCGGUUCUUACUUUACUGAAGAAAUCGCCUCCUUGUCCGGAUUUGAAGGAGUUGUCGGUCGCACCGAGAUUGUUAUCUCCUCAGUCGUCGCCAUCCCCUCAGUCAUCGCCACCACGAAUAACCCGGCUGGACCUGAUAAACAUGCGUCGCCAGUUCUUCAACGAUUCCUCUACUCAACCCACUUUCAAGUCAAACAUUCCCGUGCCAACUACAACGAUGCCAUUGAAGAUGGGACCGUCUCCAGUCGUUAAAACUAUACCAUCUUCCUCCAUUGGAGUUAUGGUCGGCCAGAGCCGAAUCCCCAUCAGAACUAGUCAACCACCACCAAUCGUCCAAAAACCACAGCCAUCAAAACCAUUUUACACGAAUUUUCUGUACAAACCUAGCCCUCCGCCAGCAGUGGUUAAAUUAGAGCUGAAAAAAGAGCUACUUCCACUUUAUACUAAUCACAAAUUGAGUAUCAGCACGACCUCGUCACAUGAAAAGAUUGAUCCCCCGGAGAAGUAUCCCACAUCGUCGACGGAGGAGAUUUAUCUGAUCGAUGAUGAAAUCAGUGAUCAACCGCUGUUGACGUUUUGCGGUGGUCAGAAAAAUGGAGACAGUUUUCAGGACCACACCCAUCAGCACCACCACCAAAACACGGCCCAGUACUCAUCUCUUAGCUCCAUUGCUUCGUUAAUUAGCGAGACCGAGUCCGCUCAGGAUGAUCACGUUGAUAAUGAGCACCUCCGUCACCCUCCAGAAGAAGAACUCGACCCCCCCUGCAUCCCCAGCCCCUGCUGCACCUGCACCUGCUGCAAAUCUAGUCACACUAACCUCACCACCGAACUCACCACGAUGAGAACCUCCCUGGAAAUCCUAAAGAAACUUUUAAUAGAGCAAGAAAAACGCGAGCGAGCCAAAGAUCUAAUAAUUCAAGGUUUAUUAAAUAACAAUUCGAAUGUGAAUAAAUUGUGGAAACAAUAAAAAACUCAUACCAAAAAGCG